AUGAAAUAAAAAGAAAUUAAACUUGUAUAUGAAAAAAGUAAUGAGACAUAUUAUUGGCAAAUGAUGCCUUUAGAAUAAUUCAUUUUAGAAGUUAGUCAUGUUUUCAAUAUUCAAAUAGGCACAUUUUAAGUUGUAUCAUAUGAUAAAAAAAUUGAAAUUAGAAAUACUGAAGAAUUAUAUUGGUAUGGUUAAAGUAGCGGAAUAUUAAUUACAGAUAAAUCGAUCAAUUAAAAUAGAGUUUAUUCUCCAGUCCCUAAUUUAAAUUUAAGCUAGAUGCAAAAUUAAAAACAAUAUUCAAUAGUUAGAAAAACUUAAGAAAUUAAAAAAAGACUCAAUUAAACAAUUAAAUUCAUGAAGGAAACUUAAUCUACUGUUACUUAUAGAAGUUUAUCUCCUAAAGAAAGUUGGAAAUGUUUAUAAGAAAAGACCAAAUAGUUAUAAGAACAAACUUAAUAAUUUAAUAGUAGACAAGAAGAAUUGUAACAUGAAUCUGAAAUGUAUUUAAUAAAUCAUUAUCUAAGAUUAUUAAAGGAGAUUUUAGUUGUUUAAAAUGAAAAUGUAAUGUAUAGCAAACGAAAUGAAGGAUUAUAGAAAUCUAUUAAUUAACUUUAAAUGUUAUUGAAACUUUAGAAAAAAUAAAUAAACUAAAUUAAAAUGAGGUAUCCUGCAAUAGAUUUAGAUUCUUAUAUCGAUUCUAUUAAGUAUUAAAGUAAUCUUAAAGAUACUUUAUUGAAUUAUCUUUAAGAAUUGUUGCAAAUGAUUAUAAAAAGUGAAAAUAAAACUCAAUUCAAAACAACUUUUAAUCAAAAUGAAACAUUACUAUAUCUAUAAUAGAUUAUCAAAGAAAUAAAGAAAAUUUGA